CCAUCUAUUCGUUCACUCACUCGCUCUUUUCCUUUCCGUUCGUUCUCUCGUUGGAGUCCUCUCUCCUCCCCCUCCCCCUAAGAGUAUCUGUUCCGAUGAGUGUCAUUCCUCCUCUUUAGAUAUCUAACAUGAGAUCUUCUUCUGCUGUCUCAUGGCAUCCUGUUUAAUUCCGGUGAGUGGACACUCUGUUUCGCCCCCUUCUGAUUUUUUCUUAUUAAAAAUCUGUUUAUUUUUCUUUUUCUUUUUUUCCCUUCUCGAUUUUGCCCGCGUUGAUCUGAGGCGACCGUCCUUCUCCCCUGACCAUCGGCUAGGCAGACCAUUGUCAGCUUCACCACUCCCCAGGCGCGGUGCUCUUAUUCUAGCAGAGCAGUCCUUCUUCUUAACCAUUACCGGCUGUGCGGUUGUAUAUUGCUAUUCAACUCUAUCCAUUCCUUCGCCCCUAAAUUUAUAUUUUCGCUCUUUCAAUCGUUUUCCGACCUUCCGGCAAAGGCUUGACGGAGACCUGGAUUGCUACGAAAUUCGGCCCAAACGUGUACCACCGAUAAAUUCCCGGCUGCAUACGCAUUGUUCCCUCGUGAAUCACGCAGUAGCGACUGUGCUUGCGGUGGACUCGCGGAGUUCUUGACAUCGGCCGAUCCUGACUUCCUGAUACAACUUUGGGCGCUUAUCCACUUGGAAUUAAUUGCUCCAACACAAUCUCACUAUGUCAUCCUCCGGUAUAGUGCUACCCCACCAUGUCCCCUAUCUCAGAGCGUGUCGCUAUCUGUUGCCUUCCAUCAUAAUCCAUAU